GCUGCUGCGCUGUUCGCUGUUUCUGUGCAUGCGAAGAGACGGACAACUGGUGGAACCUGCGCGCCUGCAAUUUCGGCAAAUUUCGGCCCGAAAAACGCUCGCAGGAGGGCCAGCAGCAUCAGCGGCCAUGAGCGCCAAGGUACCGAGUUCGCCCAAGAAAGAGGGCAGCCCCCACAAGAGGCAGAGUCUCACGGGGACCACUGAGGAUGACGGGGAGGCAGAGUUCCACUGGGAUGACUACUUGGAGAGCACGCAGAGCGAGGCUGUGCCGGCCACAGCCUUUGCCCACGUGGAGCACAGUCUGGAGAGUGGCCUGCGCCCAGGCAUGAAGCUGGAAGUGCCACUGAGCUCUGCCGAUGGUGGCAGUGGCAACGGCGAAAAUGGUGGCGGAGUCUACUGGCUGGCCUCGGUGGUGACCACGUGCGGCCCGCUGCUGUCUCUGCGCUACCUGGGCUACGGGGCGGACCGGUCAGCUGACUUCUGGUGCGAUGUGGGCACGAACGAGGUGCAUCCACUUGGGUGGUGCGCCCGCAACCACAAGCCUCUCAAGCCACCUCCGGCCAUAUUGGAGAAGCACUUGGACUGGGAGAAGCUGCUUGCGGAUGAAUUGAAGAGUGCUGUCACCGUGCCAGCCUAUGUCCUUGAGAUGAAAGGCUCGGCGCCCAUCGACCAGAUCCAGCCAGGCAUGAAGCUGCUUGUGCUCGAGGAAGAAAACCCGCUGAAUGGCUGGGCUGCUUCCGUGCUGAAGAAUGUGGGUGGUCGUCUGCUUCUGCGCUAUGACGGGUGCAAUGACCCCCAUUGGGACCUGUGGCUCUUUUACCUGUCCCACCGGGUCAAGGCCCUCGACACACCUUCGCACGGCGACCAAAAUUAUCGACCACCGCAGUGCAUCGAGAAUCUGCACUCGCUGGACGAGUGGAAGCGCAUACUGCGCGAGUCCAUGGGCGAGGCCCAGAAGUACAAUGGAAAGAUCCUUGCCAACAUACUCCAGCCGCCGGUCCCUCUGUCUGAGCACAGCUUUGAAGUCGGCCACAAGGUGGAACUGCUGAGCCCCUUGAGUCGCACGGAGGCCUGUCCUGCCACGGUCACGGCCAGCUUGGCCUCGGGGCAGUGGUUCCUCGUGCAGGUGGAUGACCUCAGGCAUCCCGCAGAAGCACCCCCACUGGUUCGUUGCUGCCAUGCACGGUCACAGACUCUUCUGCCAGUCGGCUGGGCUCAGAAGAAUGGGCUAUCCCUCCUGGCACCUCCAGGCUACCUGCAUGAGACAUUCAGCUGGGAGGAGUACCUCAGGUCAUGCGCAGCUAAAGCAGCGCCAAGGUCGUGCUUUCACCUGGAAGAAGACAGCCUAGGCUUUGAGCCAAACCAGAAGCUGGAGGUGGUUAAUGGCAAGAAUCCCAAUGAGUUGUGUGUUGGAACAGUGGAGCGGGUUUGCCCUCCCCUGGUGUGGGUCCGCCUGGAGGACAGUGUCGAAGGCGGCACCAGGGUGGUGCUGCCCCUGCGCUCGCAACAGCUGUUCCCUGUCGGGUGGUGCGGUUCGAAUGGGUGGCCCCUUCGACCGCCCCGUGACUGGGCCCCUCCAGGCCGUCCUUCCGCACCGUCACCACUUAGGCGUGCAGGUGGCAGCACGGCAGCGCCGUCGUCAUCUGCAGCGGCUGCCGACAAAACCAGCAAGAAGUCAGGAUCUGUGGAGGCCAAGUCAGGUUGGUGCCCUGCGCUACACCUGAACCAUCGGUGUUUCUCGGGUCCACUGCUAUCCAAAGGGCGUCUGGCAGAACUCCCACGUCAAACGGGGCCAGGUCCAGUGGCGCUGGUGCUGCGUGAAGUCCUGGCACAGCUCAUCGGGGUUGCCUACAAGCCGAGCCGGGUGCUCGCCAUCCUUCAGCUCCGGGGAAGCCCCACACCAGGCAUGCACCAGCAAACACUCAAGGCCAAGUACAAGGGAAAGACGUAUCGAGCUACGGUAGAAACAGUCCGCAGCAGCGGCGAGGUGGGUGCGUUCUGCCGCAGCAUCUGUGAGAAGCUCGAGUGCUGCCCGAACCUGUUUGGGCCGACAAGCUUUGGCGAGAACUCCUGCCCUGACAACUGCUCUGGGCUCACCAAGACCAAGUACACCUACCACUUUGUGCGCAAGCGGCACAAACGGCAGAUGGCACUUCGCAAAGCGAAGCAGGCGCGCUCCGAGAGCCCUGCAUCCGGCGCCAAUGCCUCGUCCAGCGGGUCCGCAGGCGAACCGGUCGAGGGAAAGCAGAGCCGGGUUGACGUCAUCAUUUCGGCAUCUGAGCAAGGUGCAGCUUCCAAGGAACUCAAUGCCACUUCUACCUCUAACACUAACACCACCACCUCUGCUGCUGCUGCUGCUGCCGUGAAAAAGUCGGAGCGGCUGUCAAAUCGUCCAGCCACACGGCCGCCCACUCGGAUUGGACAUCGACCACCUGGUCGACCGCCUGGCCGACCGCCCAAGUCUGCUAACAGGCAGCCUCCUCCCCCUGUCAGCUCAUCCUGUGCAUCAAAUGCACCGCCACCAGACGAUCGGCCUGGCGUGCGCACACGAGGUGCACGCCUGCCCGACUUCAAGACCCUCAACUUGGACCUGCGUUGGCAGAAGCCUCUGCGGGCACGUCUGCUGUCCAACAAGAAGCAACAGCAGCAGGCAUCACGCUCGGACACCCCAGACUCUCUGUCCUCCGAGGGUACCGCUGAGUCGGCACAAGAGGCAUCUUCACGGUCGUUAUCGUCGUUGGCGAGUACACAGCAGCAGCAGCAGCAGCAGCAACCAAAGCCCCACAUUCCCCACCUGUGCUUGGAGUCGAAUCCCAUUGAGUGGACCGUUGGGGAUGUGGCCCGCUUCGUCGCCGGCACCAACUGCGCGCCCCUCGUUCGUGUCCUGCAGGAACAGGAAAUUGACGGCCAGGCUCUACUCCUGCUGACACUACCAUUGGUUCAAGAGUUCCUUGAACUUCAGCCGGAUCCUGCCAUCCAGUUUUGCCAGCUGCUGGAACGGAUAAAGCUGGCCUUCUACCUCCAGUAUGCCAAGUGAAGCAACAUGGUUGUUAUGGACAUUCGUGACUAAGGAAUAGUGUGAUUACCGGUGGUGACAUCAGCUUGGCAUGUGUCUCAGUUCCGUCUGCUCCUCUGUGAUGGUAGCAGACGAAAAUACUUGUGGCUACUCUAUGGGCACGGGUUGCUGAUGUCAAAUUAGGUUUGAUGUCAAACCCAGAGAGUAUUUACUGAUUAAGCAUGAGUAGAGUGUUUCCUGUCGUAUGUGACCACACUGUAUUAGCUGGCUGGUGACAAGCCUUGGUGACCUUGGUGACCUUGGUGAAGGCUUGCCUGGGUCAAAAGAGUCGUCCUGUGAUUGUUUCUUUUGCCCGCUUACGACAUUUUGCUGUCACACCAGUCCUUGGUGCCUGGAGCACUGAUUUACCGUGCGCUGCUGGUGUGGGGAUCUGCAAAACGCGGUGGUAGCCUGAGAAAAGUUCUCUGAGUGAACAGAGAAGUGUGUGCAUUGGGUGGUGCCUUAAUUGAGUUCCAUUUUGUCAGGUUUGUUGGGCUGACAGUUUCUGAAGGUGGCAAUCUGUGAUGCUGAAGCAAUUGAGUGACAGGGUGUGCAAACAGCCAAAAGCCCUUGUGGCAUAUUUUCUAGAGAAUGCCAUAAAAUCCUUCAUGUAAUACUAGGCAUUGUUUUGGAUUCCGGUACACUUCAAAUCUGCUUCUUGCAUUAUAUUGAGAAUCACAAUUCCUCCUUUUUUGUUUUGCAAUAUGUUUGUCAGUCAUAUAUGGCCAAAUACCAGGUUGUUUGAAGUCAUAUUACUACAAGAUCUUUCCCUCGAUUUAUAGCCCCCUAAAUUUCAAUUGUAUUACACUUUGGUUGGUAUUAUUUGCAGAGUUGAAAGCUGGAAAAAAAGAAAAAGCUAGGUGUCUGACUUGUAACUGAGAUGCAGUAGUGUGGCUAGGCACAUUCAAGCUGUACACAAGAUCAGUUUGUUUGUGUCUGCUGUGUUCGUAAACGUUUCGUCCACGGAUGUUUGAUAGCAGUUACUCUUGGCGUUAUCACUAGGCGAAAGUGUCAGAUUGGUUGCCUUAUUUGACAUGGCACCUGGACAUUAUAAUGGCAGCAGAACUUUUGAAAGGCAACCCCAUGCAUGGAGAGCAAGCGGUAGUUCCUUAUGUCACCUGUUUUAUCCUUGGCAGUGGAUUGCCUUGCAUAGGUACAUCACAACGCAAGAGCAGAUGUCAAGGGGAGCAGCAGACUCACCUGUCUUGGACUCAACCGUGGCCUGUGAUUGUAAAGCGAGCUGUUAGAUUGCAAACAAAGUUUCACUUGCUAUACUGACCUCAACAUUCACUCUUGUGAAGUACGCAAGACUUGGCCUGCUCAUCCUUGCUGAUAUGAUCAAAGAUGUCUUUGUGCUGUGCAUUUUAAAAGUGCGAAAGCAACACUGUUACUCUUAACACUUGUACUUUCUUUGGGGUGUAAUUUUUACUGCACAGCAAUAAUUGUCCAUCAUGUGUCCAUCAUGUUUGGAAAACAAUGGGACACUUAUACACAUGGGGUGCUACUGAGAGGAAACGAUGUAGUGCACAGUGGUAAAUUAAAUACAUGCAAAAUCGAUGGUAA